ACCCUCAACUUCCCAUGUACUAACAUUCUGGGUCCUUUUUUACACCACAAAAUUUUAAUGGCUUCUCCGCAGCUUCUGCAACAGCUUCUCUCGUUCCUGCGAACGCACCCGGAGCUCCUCGUCUCAGUCUUCUGCUUCCUCCUCCUCCGCCGCCUCUCGCGGGGGCGCGGUAGCGGCGACCGCGACUGCCGCCUCCCGACGAACUGGCCGGUGGCGGGAAUGAUCCCCGGGGUGUUGGUCAACAUGGAGCGCCUGCACGAGUGGAGCACGGACUUGCUCCGGCGCACGGGGUGCACCUUCCUGGUCAGGGGCCCCUGGCUCAACACCGUCGACGUGCUGAUCACUUGCGACCCCGCCAACAUGCGCCACGUGUUCACGUCCAACUUUCCGAACUACCCGAAGGGCACGGAGUUCGCCAAGAUAUUCGACGUGCUCGGGAACGGCAUAUUCAACGCCGACAUGGAGUCGUGGAGCUUCCAGAGGAAGAAGGCCCACCUAGUGAUGAGUGGUCCGAAGUUUCGGGCCUUCGUCGAAGCGUCGACGAAGGAGAAGCUCGAGAAGGGGCUCGUCCCGGUCCUCGGCCACCUCGCCGACAAGGGCGAGGUGUUUAACCUGCAGGAUGUUUUUCUCCGGUUGACUUUUGACACCACGUACAACUUCGUGUUCGGCGUUGACCCGGCCAGCCUCGCGGUCAACUUUCCGACCGACCCCUUCGCGAAGGCCAUGGACGAAGUCGAGGAGAUCCUCUUCUACCGCCACGUUAUCCCCAGAGCGUGGCUCAAGCUCCAAAAAUGGCUCAAUAUCGGCGACCACCGCCACAUGCGUGCGGCCCAGGGCACGAUCGACCAAUGCAUCGCCCACAUCAUAUCGGCACGAAGAGAAUCCAAGAACACUACCGCAGCUGGCGCCGCCACCGACGACAUUCUAAGUGCCUACUUAGACUCCCGGGACGAGUUCGACGACAGCGACGCCGCUUUCUACAAGUUCCUACGCGACUCCACCCUCAACUUCAUGGUGGCGGGGCGGGACACGACGAGCUCGGCGCUCACGUGGUUCUUCUGGUCGCUGGCGCAAAAUCCGCACGUGGAAAAGAUGAUCCUGCAGGAGCUGAGGUCCUUGGCGCCGAGAAACCCUAGCUUUCCGACGUCCGCGGAGCUGCGCGAUAUGGUGUACUUGCAUGCAGCGCUGUGCGAGUCGCUGCGGCUGUUCCCGCCCGUGCCGUUCGAGCACAAGGCGCCCGUGAGGCCCGACGUGCUGCCGAGCGGCCAUCGUGUCAACAAAAGAAUAAGGCUGAUAUUUUCACUGUAUGCAAUGGGGAGGAUGGAGGAGAUAUGGGGGAAGGACUGCUUGGAGUUCAAGCCGGAGAGGUGGAUUUCGUCUUCGGGGAAGCUGCGGUACGAGCCGUCGUAUAAGUUUCCGGCGUUUAACUCCGGGCCGAGGACUUGCUUGGGGAGGGAUCUCGCUUUCACGCAGAUGAAGGCGGUCGUCGCCGCCGUGGUCACGAAUUUUCGCUUUGAAGUGGCGCAGGGCUUCGUCGUGAAGCCGAGGCUUUCGAUCAUACUGCACAUGAGGAAUGGCUUGAAGGUUAGGGUUAGGAAGAGGGACAGUUAACCUCAUGAUCGGAGUGCAUGCGUGCUUUGUUUAUAUAUGAUCACCAUGCAGGUUACGUAAUAGGAAUAUUUGAAAAGGGGUAUAUCAAAAGAAAAAAGGGGGGCAUGAUGAUUUACAUUAAAAAUGUUGUGGAUCGAUUAUACUUUGUUUGUGCAUGAUGAUGUUUGAUCGAGCGUUUAGUGAACGUGUUAAUUGUAUAUGUUUAAUACGAGUAUGGACCUAAUAUAUAGUAAUUAAGGAAGGAAAUUAGCAUAUAUGUUUUUGUA